UGGCGGAGCUCACGAUUCCCGAGCCGGGUCUGCCUAGCUUUUGACACCGCAAGGGCUGUCAGAUUCCGCAUUUGUCCAAAGGACUGCGUUGACGAAGCUACGGCUGCUGCGCGCAACGAUUUGGAGCCAGGAGCAACUCUCAGCUGCAGCUAGGAGAACGCGGCGAAAAAGCCGUCGGCGCGUGCAGCGCUGAGAACUCAGGACGCACGGCUGCGACCGCAGCGCUGCCGCGGCGCUGCAGCUCCCGCGUGCGCUGCAGAAAUAAUAGACGCGGCCGGCGGAGAUGUCCGACCUCUGCGCCUGCUGGUGGCCCUUCGGGCGGCGGAACUCCGAACGCAACAGUGAUGGUUGGUCUCCAUCACCAUUAAUACAAGCGCGAACGAAACCGAUAGCUAUUGUUCAGGGCUCGCCAUUGGUCGAACAGGCGUGCCGGAAGGCGUCCUUCGCCGCUUUAUACGAUUUAGGACCAGAAAUAGGUUCUGGCAGUACAAGUACAGUCCACAAAUCCACCCAGAAGGCGUCAGGCAAGGUCUUCGCCACGAAAGUAGUGUCUGCCGCAGGACUCCAAACGCCCGGCGUCGCGGAUCAAUUCGCGUCGGAAGUCCUAGCUUUGAAGAGGUGUCGACAUCCUCAUGUUGUUUCUCUAGAAGAUGCAGUAGUAGAUGAAAACAAGUUGUACCUCGUGACGGAACUGUUGACGGGCGGAGAGCUCUUCGACUACGUUGUAAAAAGAGGUACAUUAGGAGAGGACGAGGCCGCCUCGAUCCUGUCGGACGUGGGCGACGCCAUCCGCUUCAUGCACGACCAGGGCGUCAUCCACCGCGACCUCAAGCCCGAAAACUUACUGUUGGCGAAGGAGUCUCCUGUCGGAUUUCCGACCGUGAAGAUUAUUGAUUUCGGGCUGUCGAAGGCGCGGCAGACGCGGGACGUCUGCGCGUCGUUCUUGGGGACGCGCGGGUAUCUCGCGCCGGAGAUGGUUAUUGAUCGGUGUCCUCGUGCCUUCGAACCGCCGGCGCCGCGUCGAUUGCGUACGCAUCGCCGCGAGAAGACGCGUCUCCCGCGCAGCUCAAGCGGCGGACCUACUCCGAAGCGGUCGACAUGUGGGCCUUCGGGGUCAUCGCCUACGUGCUGCUCUGCGGCUGCCUGCCCUUCGACGACGACGCGGCGCGUAUCAAUUCGCCGAACGCUUCGAAGAAGUUCGAAUUGCGGUUCCCGUCGUGGGCGCGCGGGCUGUCCAAAGGUGCGCGCGAUCUCUUGGCGAACCUGCUGCAGGUGGACCCUCGUCGUCGAUAUACGGCGGCGCAGUGCUGCCGGCACCCGUGGCUGCGGGGCACUGCUGAGAGAAGUUCGGUGCCCCUGUCGUCGCCGGCGAUGCUCGGCCGGCGCCUAGCGGCAGCUCGCGCGACGCCGUCGCCGCCCUCGCGCCCGUCGUCGCGCGCCGGCCCCGCGGACUACGCGGUCCUCGACAACGACGGCCGCGCGCGCCCCGCGUCGCGACGGAAGAACUCCUUCUGAAUCAUGAUGUAACUACAUGCCUGU